CGAUUGGCUGGCGGGGGUCACGUGGGCGCGAUCAGCUGGGCCGGCUGCGGGCGGUCGGCCUGGCCGGGACCUGGCAGCUGCUUGGUGAGCCCACCCCAGGCUCCUUGCUGGCAGAGGCAGGCUUACGCCCCGCACACCCCUUUAUUCCACGCGCCGCCGUCCCGGUUUUCAGAAGUUCAGCUAUCAAAAUGGGCAGAAUCUUCCUUGAUCAUAUUGGCGGUACUCGUCUGUUUUCCUGUGCAAACUGUGAUACGAUCUUGACCAACCGCUCAGAGCUCAUCUCUACUCGGUUCACAGGUGCCACUGGUAGAGCAUUUCUUUUUAACAAGGUAGUUAACUUGCAGUACAGUGAAGUUCAAGAUCGAGUUAUGCUCACUGGCCGCCACAUGGUUCGAGAUGUGAGCUGCAAAAACUGCAAUAGCAAACUGGGAUGGAUCUAUGAGUUUGCCACUGAAGACAGCCAGCGUUAUAAGGAAGGCCGUGUGAUCCUGGAACGUGCACUAGUUCGAGAGAGUGAAGGCUUUGAGGAGCAUGUACCAUCUGAUAACUCUUGAAGAAAAAGGAUAAAUCCAUCUUUUCCCAGGUCUCCUUCACUGAAAACAAAAAUCUACUUACAUACACUGUCACCUUAGCAUCAGAGUCGGAUUCAUGAACUGCGGAACAAGAGGUUGUGAGAAUCUUAAGACGGAACCUUUCUUUCUUUUUCUUUUUUUAAUUUUGUAUUUU